AUGCAAAUAUUUGUCUUCUUCUUACUUAUUUCUGUGUCAUAUUCGUAUCUUCAUCUUGACUUCAAACGUAUUGAUACUGAACAACAAUUGGAUGAUUUCACUCGUUCAUCGCCGUUGAACGUUGUAGUUUUCGUUGACAAACAACAGUGCAACGAUGACAAUGCUGACAAAUGUCGGAACGAACACCAACAACUAAAACAGAUCCGUGAUUUAUGUACCGGUGAUAAUAUUCAAUUUACUCUUUCCAUGAAUUCACAAUUGGCUGAGAAGCAGUUUAAUAUUCAUGUUUCCUCGCCGAAACUAUGCUUUUUCAGAAAUGGUUUCCCGAUCAUUUAUUCCGGUUCGUUGUCAGAGGUCGAUAGUAUUCAGGAAUGGCUUGGCGAAGCACGGCAACGGUUAACACAUACUUUAGAUGAUAAUACAUUUGAACAUGAUACGCAGGCUACGAGUGGCUCAACAACGGGCGACUGGUUCAUCCUUUUCAAAAAAAGUAAUGAGUCAAAUAGUUUAAUUCCUAUUUGGGAAGGUGCAUCCAUACAUUUCCGUAAUCGAGCAAUCUUUGCAUACGUUAAUUUGGAUACUAAUCCAAAUAUACAAAAGCGGUUCCAUCUCUUCGUAACGCCGACUUUCAUACUAUUCAAACGAGGCAAAAUGUAUCGAUACGAAGGCACGUCAUGGCAACAAAGUGCUUUCGUCAACUUCGUUGAACGCGAUUACCAGCAAGUCAAAGCUGAAACCAUUCCGCCUGAAUCCAAUUCUUUUUCAUUCUCGUUAGGCGACGCUGCGAAAGUCAUCCCAAUGUAUUUCAUCGUCAUACCGAUGAUCUGUUUGGUUAUUGUCCUACUUGUUCUUGUGUUUAUCAGUGGUUUUAACAAGAAAAAGAAAACGACUAGUGAACGAACACCGUUUCAAGUGAAAAUUGAUUAA